AUGCUGACUGCCGCGGCUUUACCGCCGUCAAUACCACCUGUGGAAACUCCACCGCUUGCAGUGGGGUCCACGCGGCUUACGGCAAGCAGCGGUUAUCAGCCUCCAUUGCCGGCCUCUGUUCCACCGCCAAGCCCACCACCUCCGGUACCUUCUCCCACAGCAACUUUCAGUACCACACAACCGCCAGUCCCUGCGCUGGCAACGACAGCUGUGGCCCCUGUUGUUAAGGAUGCAAGCAAAGGACCCGGGCCUAUUCCAGGCACUGCAACCACAUCGCCGUCUAUUGCUGUCUUGCCCACAUACAUCCCCGUUGUUCCACCUGUUGUGCGGUAUAAUGAAGAGACACAACACAUCUCUGCGCCACCUCUGCCUGGGGCGCCGACGCAGGCAGUCGUCUCACUUCGGGAGCGGUGCGGCAAGGAGCACCGCACGAGACUGCGCAUGCAACCUUUGGACAACAGAUAUUUGUGGCGGCCUGCGCCUACGUCGGAGUCCAUAGCAUCGGAAUCGUGGCGUGGGAUCUACUGGAAGCACGUGGAUGUGCAUCGUUACGUUGCGAGGCGGUACCGCGGCAACCCGCCCCCGAUAGAAUAA